GGUUUCUUCCUUUCCUACGGCCGCCAUUGUAGGGUUCACACAGCGACAAGUGAAAGGGAAAACGCCUACGAAAUACUAAGUUAGUUUAACUAGUCUUACUAAAGCACUAAAACAAGUAAGUAUAAGAACAUAUCUACUGGCUUUUUACAGACAAUUUUUGUCUUUAACGCCCAAAAACUUCGUUUUUCUAAAACCUCGUGGUAGUUAAUAUGGCGUAUCGCAAAUGCACUUAAAAUUUUUUUAAUUAUCCCUCUCUCGUUUUAUUCUCUGACGAUAAAAAUACCUCUAUAUUCUGAUAAUAAAUAUGUAAAAGAGAUAAAGUUAACAAAGUCAGUCAAAUACCUCGUGGUGGAAUAGAAUGAUUUUUAUCACGCAAUUCGCAUUAACCAUGUGGUCGACGAUAUACUUGUUAACCUUUACAACCAUUAAACAAUUUUUUUCAAUAAAUUUCAGACACUAAAUAAUGGCGAAACAAGCAGUUGGUAUUGAUCUUGGAACAACCUACUCCUGCGUAGGCGUUUUCCAGCACGGAAAAGUUGAAAUUAUUGCUAAUGAUCAGGGAAAUAGAACAACACCCAGUUACGUCGCUUUCACAGACAGUGAACGUCUCAUUGGAGAUGCCGCCAAGAACCAAGUAGCAAUGAAUCCUUCAAAUACCGUUUUUGACGCUAAACGAUUAAUUGGUAGAAGAUAUGACGACCUUACAGUUCAAAAUGAUAAGAAACAUUGGCCUUUUGAUGUUGUAAGCGAUGGCGGAAAACCAAAAAUUCAAGUCGAAUAUAAAGGAGAAUCUAAAACAUUUUUCCCCGAAGAAGUCUCUUCAAUGGUCCUUACUAAAAUGAGAGAAACAGCUGAGGCCUACUUGGGCAAGACCAUUGCAAAUGCUGUUGUAACCGUACCAGCCUACUUCAAUGAUUCCCAACGUCAAGCAACAAAGGAUGCCGGAACUAUCGCUGGUUUGAACGUUCUUCGUAUCAUCAACGAACCCACAGCCGCAGCUAUUGCAUACGGUUUGGACAAGAAGGUUGGAGGAGAAAGAAACGUUCUUAUCUUUGAUUUGGGCGGUGGUACCUUCGAUGUAUCUGUUCUCACCAUUGAGGAUGGUAUCUUUGAAGUAAAAUCUACUGCUGGAGAUACUCAUUUGGGAGGUGAAGAUUUUGACAACAGAAUGGUCACUCACUUUAUCCAGGAAUUUAAGAGAAAACAUAAAAAGGAUAUGGCUGGUAACAAGCGUGCUGUUAGGCGUUUGAGAACAGCUUGUGAAAGAGCAAAGAGAACACUUUCAUCCUCUGCUCAAGCUUCAAUCGAAAUCGAUUCUCUCUUCGAGGGUAUUGAUUUCUACACCAAUAUAACUAGAGCACGUUUUGAAGAAUUAAAUGCCGAUUUAUUCAGAGGCACCUUGGAACCAGUUGAAAAAUCUCUUAGAGACGCUAAGAUGGACAAAGGACAUAUUCACGACAUCGUUUUAGUUGGAGGUUCCACCAGAAUCCCAAGAAUUCAAAAGCUUUUGAAAGAUUUCUUUAAUGGUAAAGAAUUGAACAAGUCAAUCAACCCCGAUGAAGCUGUAGCUUACGGAGCUGCAGUUCAAGCUGCUAUCUUGAUGGGAGAUAAGAGCGAAGAGGUUCAAGAUCUUCUCCUCCUCGAUGUAGCUCCUCUUUCAUUGGGAAUUGAAACAGCUGGCGGAGUCAUGACAGCUUUAAUCAAAAGAAACACCACUAUUCCUACUAAACAAACCCAAACCUUUACCACAUACAGUGACAACCAACCCGGUGUAUUGAUCCAGGUUUAUGAAGGUGAAAGAGCGAUGACUAAAGAUAACAACUUACUUGGAAAAUUCGAACUCACCGGUAUUCCCCCAGCACCAAGAGGAGUUCCUCAGAUCGAAGUUACUUUCGAUAUUGAUGCUAACGGAAUUCUUAAUGUAUCAGCUGUAGAUAAGAGUACAAUGAAGGAAAAUAAAAUCACUAUUUCAAACGAUAAAGGAAGACUCUCAAAAGAAGAUAUCGAAAAAAUGGUCAGAGAAGCCGACCAAUUCAAAGCUGAAGAUGAUAAGCAAAAAGAAAGAAUUUCUGCUAAAAACGCUUUGGAAAGUUAUGCUUUCCACAUGAAGCAAACUGUUGAAGAUGAAAAACUCAAAGAUAAGAUUAGUGAAGAAGAUAAAACCAAGAUUGUUGAUAAGUGUAACGCUGUCAUAAGUUGGUUGGAUGCUAAUCAGUCUGCGGAAAAGGAAGAAUUUGAACAUCAGCAAAAAGAGGUCGAAGGCGUUUGUACACCAAUUAUCACCAAAUUGUAUCAGGCUGGAGGUAUGCCUGCUGGUGGUAUGCCCGGUGGUAUGCCAGGAGGUAUGCCAGGAGGAUUCCCUGGUGGUGCCGGUGGUGCUCCAGGCGGUGGAGCUGGUGGUGCUGAAUCAGGCAGUGGCCCCACCAUCGAAGAAGUCGAUUAAAAUGAAAUAAGUUUCUUGCAAAAUAAUCGACAAAAUAGAAAUAAACAUGUUUAAUAUAAAGUAAUUUUUUUUUUAAUAAUUUACAUGCACUUGUACAACAAUCGCUGCUGGAAUGAUAGCAAAACACGGCUCAUUUAUUAGAAACAAUAUUUACAAGACCGCUUAUAUUAAAUUUUGCACACUAAUCAACUAGAAGAUUACAAUACAGUUACAAGAACAUUGAAAUUUGGAGCGAUAGAGGAAAUUUCCUACUCCUGAUUAUUAAUAUCAUGUGAUAUUACCCUUCGUGCCCUCAUUUGAACAAUUGAUUUGCGAUGCCAAAUCAAAGAAUUUCGCUGUAUAAUCAAGACUGUUUUCAUUCAUGACUGCAUCAAC